AGUAAUCGGAAUCCGAGUUCCGCGCGGAGUUUUUUAAAGUACCACAGCACUAUUAAGUAUAAUGCGGAGUACCAAAGUAUUGUUACGAUUUGGGAAAGCUUUGGAAAUGGCACAACCAUAUAUGGACACAAUAAUAG